CGCAGUCGGGGCUCCCCCGCCGGGCCGGGAAGCAGGCGGCGGGGGAGGGGUCUCCGCCCGCACCCACCCCCGCGCCCCGCCCCUGCACCGAGCCCCGCGGGCUCUCGGCUUCGCCGCCCGAAGCCGGGGCGCUGGAGCGACCGAGCAUCCCCCCGCCCCCAACGCCGCGACCCCCGGAAGGCGACGAGGAGCUGCACCCCCAGCCCCCCGCCGGACUCCGGGUCUCUCCAGCGCGAACUCUGCGGGCGGAGCUCCCUCGGCGGUGCUCGGCGAUCCCCGCCCCCCGCGCCCCUUCCCCCGGCGCCCUCUCCCCGGCGCGGGCAGGUGCCAAGGGAUGAGCUGGGCUCCUCCAUCCCAAUGGCAUCUCCCCUUGGCCUGGAACUGAAGACCCUGAGCAAUGGUCCCCAGGCCCCCAGGAGACCGGCCCCAUCCAGGGGGGGUGUGGAGAAUGCCUGCUUCUCCUUGGAGGAACACGAGAUCCAUUUCCAGAACUCUGCCGACCCCAGACUGGCCAGUCCUCCCAGCCCCGCGGGGGGCGCCGCCUCUGGGCCGCGGGACGAUCUGUCCCUGCAUUCCGAGGAGGGGCCGGGCCCGGAGCCCAUAAGCCGCCCGGUGGACUAUGGUUUCGUCUCGGCCUUGGUGUUCCUGGUGAGUGGGAUCCUCCUGGUGGUGACCGCUUACGCCAUCCCCCGCGAGGCUCGCGUCAACCCGGACACGGUGACGGCUCGGGAGAUGGAGCGGCUGGAGAUGUACUACGCACGCCUGGGUUCGCACCUGGACAAGUGCAUCAUCGCGGGCCUAGGGCUGCUGACGGUGGGCGGCAUGCUCCUGUCGCUGCUGCUCAUGGUCUCGCUGUGCAAGGGCCAGCUGUACCGCCAGCCCACCUGCGUCUCGGGGCGCGGCUCCCGGAAGACCUACGGCUCCAUUAACCUGCGCAUGAGACAGCUCAAUGGGGAUGGCGGGGGCCAGGCCCUGGUGGAGAGCGAGGUCGUCCAUGCCUCAGAGACCAGCCACAGCCUCCAGGGGUCCUAAGUAAGGAGCCGCGCUCUCUGGAUGCUUUAGCUCGGGGGUUCCCGGCCGCCCGCCCACCUGGAGACUGCAGCAG